AUGGCGGCCGGCGGCGUUACUCCCACCGAAUACAUAUCGCAAUGGUGCCACGGCAACUACGAAGUGAUGCACAGCUGCCUAGAGCAGUUAUGUAGAGCAAGCAAGUCGCAUUUGCCAGAAAGCGUCGAGGAGGAAGGCGCUACGGAUUCGGGGGGAUUUUGGUCACGUUUUUGGCGCCGUCCUAACUCUAGAGAUACCAAGUCUGCGUCGCCACCUUCUAGACGAGAUAGUAUCAAUUGGUUGUCGGGUCUCGUGAGCAAUGAUAGCGUUACCGUUGAUGGCACUCGGGGUUCGAGACCGUUGACGUCUGUGUCCGAUCCGCCUGAGGGCGACGUGACCAAUGACGCUUUGCACAAAAUGCGCUGUGGGGUUAUAAGCGGCUUCCGAAAGUAUCCGUUUCAUCGGCCGCACCUGAUACCACGUCGCAACUCUUCCAUUACCGAGGCCGACGUUCGUGAUUACGUUCGCAAAAAAUUCGCUUGCGUGGAACGUAGUUUAGACCAGAUUGAUUUGUUUAGCACGCUUGCUAACGUGGACCAGUAUCUGUGUUGCGAGAUGUUGUACGAGGGCAUUUGCUAUUACGGAAACGAAAGUCAAAGCAUGUCGGAGUUUGCAAUCAUAGAUGGGAUGUUACAUGUGCAAUCGAGAUGCCAGCUGAAAUCUUUGACGCUUUUGUUGUCAUUUGUGAAUGGAGGCAAAAUGCUGUCGGAUGCAACUGCCGCCGCGGAUGCAGUUUUUCCAGAGGGUGUGUCAAUACUGCGUGAUUUAUUGUCUAGGGGUCUGAUUAAAAACAUCUGCCUAUUGCUACUGACCGCCAUAAAGGAGUCAUCGAGGUACAAGUCUAUGGUAAGUGGUGAUUUGUCGUCGUUUAUUAAGGCAUUGUACGAAAGCACUAUUGAUCUGGUGAACGACCUGCUGAGGUUCCUCGAGUCCUACUUCCUCCGUUUUCACCCUGCGAAGGAUGAGCUACGGUGUCUAGUUGCACUUCUUCCUAACGUAUUUGACUUGAAAGCGCUGUUUGAUUCAUCGGACUACGGCGCUUUAUUACGUUCCGUCUUUGGAGGUUCGUCUGAUGCUCUAUCGCCUUGGUACCCCUCAUCUGAUGUGUUGUUAUCGAAGUGUGUUGGAGUGCACGAGUUCGAUGAGAUGACUAAGAAUGUUUGCAACGUUGGGAAUCGGCUUUCGCUUAUUGUGAUACUAUCGCUACACCCGCAGCAUUACCGUCUCCUCGCCAUCUCUGAGAACGGGCCACCGCUGAAAGCGUAUUUAAAUAAAGAUAGUGAUUCUUUGGACCGUUUCAAGUCGACGUCAAAGCCUUUUCUGGAGGACAACGAUUUGAUCAAGGUAUUGGAAUUUGUGGUGUUUGGUAUGUACGUCAACGAUACGGACCGGAUGAUUAAGGGCCUCGACUGCGGCGUAUUUGCCCACAUGGGAAGUUUAUGGGUGAUGUCGACGCCGCUGAAUUACCGGGACACGGUCGUGGAGAUUUUGGACACGAUUUUGAACGCAUUUUUGUUUAGCAAUGGCGUGUUAGGCAAGCGUUGGUACGACAUUGUGGACUAUGAGAUCCGCUGCAAACGCAUUGCUGAGGACCGUGCACGGCUGCCGUACACGGGAGUGCGCGACGAAGCGCUUUACCGCAAUCCAGGAAGAUCUAUUAUAGAACUGCUGACUCUUGUUACUAAAUUGGGCGCCAAGGGCAAUAAACGGUACGCUUUUGAGAUAUGGAGGAGUUGCGCGGAAUCGUAUCGUUCUCUUAUUCCCAACGUCAAUUGCCAUGUAUACACGUACAACUCGUUCGAGAAUGACCUAUACAACUGCUGUGAUGACUCAAAUGUGGACAAGAAGACCGUUGAACGUCUGAUAGUGCCUAGUGACGGUUUCAGCUGGUGGGAGCGCAAUAGUGCGUUACUGGAUUUGGUAACAGUAGCUGCUGGCGACGGCAACACCUACGUCGAGACGUACCCACGUCUGUUGUCAUGUUUGCUUGAGUUCGCCUUGUACCUGUGCACCGUGGAAGAUGUAGAGGGUGAGUGCCUUAGUCAUUUAGUGGGUAAGUUUUUGAGCACCAGUGCAUCACGCGAGAUCCGUUUCCCGUUUCUUCUAGAGCGUCUUAUUUCCCAGAUUGGAGGUAUGACUGAGGGUCAUUACAGCCGUCUUCCGGGUCUGAUUUACGAGAAGUUGCUGGCACGUGAUGACCAGAUUGAGACUGCGGAGGCAGCUCUUAUGAUUGCAUCAACGAUACCAGCGCAUCCUUCGCAGCAAAGCAUGGGAGUCGGCAGUUGUCUGCGUAAGCUGUACACCUUCCCUCUGAUUAGUGGUGCUCCUGAGGUCAAGAUUGCUUUGGGCACUGUAGGUCUCGGAGGUCGUUGUCCUUUUGGGCUAAUAGAGACGUCCAUAGCGGCCUUCAAAUUAGUGUCGUUAUGUGAUCGCAUUCCCGAAGGUCCAAAUCCAGUUCUGAAGGCGCCUGUCCACCUGGAUGUUAAUAUUCAACACAGCACGGACGAUGGCGAUCGCAGCUUUUUGAGUGCAAUUUUCAGCAUAUUGUCCCGUAGCCGGAUGGAUGGGCUUGAAUUACUAACUGCUUCUGUCUUGUCAAGCUUGUGUUCUAGCCAUAUCAGAGAUUCGGGUACUGCAUGCGCUGCCCUGCGUCGCCUUGCAGAGCUUGUGCAGGCUUCGAAGAAUGUUGCUGUUAAAGGAUAUGCAACAAAAGGUUACGUUCUGAGCGUUGAGGAAUUGCGUGCUUUUGUGAGCUGCGUGCGCAAAUUGUUUGUAUACGUACCACGAGUUGAGCGUUUCCGCUACGAGGGUGUCGACUGGUUGCACAGCCUCGUUCAAUUUUCGUUGUGGAUUUUGGACACUCACUGUUUCCGCAACGAAUGCGUUCACUGGUCGUUGGUGUCCGAUGUUUUUGAGUUCCUCUCGGAAGUCGCACAGGGCCCGAUCGAGACUUGUGAUAACUCAAGCCGUGCCAGUCAGUAUCUGCUUGAGCAAUUCUUGCUACCUGCGAGUUCGCUGUGCGUUUCCCUGGUGCGUGCUGCAAGUGAGGCUAAGUUGUUGUCGGCAAUAUCAACCAUGUGCAUCAUUUUCAAACGUGAUGUUCUAUUGAUUAUGUCGCAUCGUGCAGCGACGCUGAUGUCCACGCAUCGUAAUGGGUCACAUUGCUCGCAUUGUGGCUUGCCGUACUGCAGGGUUGAACGGCAGCGUCCACACUUGACAAACAGCGACAUGGACGUGGAUGCAUCUUCGGCUUCGCUUGACUGGUGGUCGAACAAGAUCAGAAAGAUCAACAGCAUCUUCUCAUCCUCGUCUGCUCGUGACAUUGCUGAUGAAAAGACUUGUAAGUGCAUACAGUUUGACAUGCAGUCAAUGUCCUUGCUACUUGCCCACGAUGCCGUUCUGGAAGCGAUGAACACGCUGUGUUUGAAAAACGAGAACGCUAUAUGCCCUGGUAAGAGUUGCGAAUUCAUCGGUUGUUUCGACCCCAAUGUGUCUGAAGAGAUUCGCAUGAAAUCGGUUUUCCUUCUUCUGCUGGUUGUAGAGCGUAUGGGUAGCGCUUCUUUAGUUGUGCCUAGCGACGUAUUGAGGGAGUUGCAUCGUUAUUACAGCCUACUACAUCCUUGUGAAGAGCGUUCUCAAUAUGUGAUGUAUCGUUCAAUGGAGUCGGAGGAUUUGGUGUUGUACAACAAGGUUGCCACUAUGGUUGCUAACUUCAAUCGCAUGGAUGUUUCCGAGCACUGGUACUACUGCACAAGUCAGUUGUGCGACUUGAAUCGUUGCGGCCUUGACAAUUUGGUUUUACUUGUGUUGAAGCAGUGUGCACUGAAGGCAGCAUUCACGAAAUGCGAUAAAGAUUUCGCGUUACGCCUAUUGGGUUCUGCUAAUAAUGUCAUAGCGUUGAUCAGGUUGGCCUCCGGUGGUGGUGACAUGUGGAGGUUUUCCGAUUGGCGUCGCAUGGAUGCUUUGUCAGCUGUGGUAUCGUUCGCCAAGAUUUAUCCCCACGUGCUAGAACUAGUUGCGCAUCAUUGGAGUUCACUUGCUGAUGAGGCUAGCAGGAUUGACUUUGCCAAUCUGCCGCAUGAAUCUUACGUGAUGCAGUGCCAGCGGUUGUCGAACAUGUUGCAGCUGUUGAUUUUAUUGGCGGAGCGCGGUGCGGUCUGUAUAUCGUCGGAUGACAUGACGCAUUAUGUUAAGCUGUACUCUCGUUUUGUAAAGUGCAUGUCUGAAGUGACGCUCUCUAUGCGUGAUGAACUGGAUGCACUGCUGAACGCUAUAACAACUGGCAAGGGCGGCAUUGGCGCCAAAGACUUCGUGAAUUUAUGGAAGGUAGCAUCAUUCCCAUCGAAUUUGUGUCUGGUUUUUGACCUUCAACUGUGUACGAAGCUGCUUAAUCCUCAGUCGUGUGAGCAGCUUCAUCAGGGGACUCAGCGGUAUGCGUUACGUGUGAACUCCUCCAACAUGGUCAUCGCAUCGUCCAUAGGUUUGAUAUCGUGCCUGUUGAACUUUUUGUCAUACAGCACGAAGCUAGGCAUAGUUGGUCUUUCCGAGAAAUCGAGGACGUGGCUGGAGUUGUCUUGCGUGGAGUUUAAUCCGGAGGACACCUGCGAAUUGCGGUUGGCGCUGCACGCGGCAUUAAUAAAGCAGCUUGGUAGCAUCUGGCUUGCGAGCAGGUCUGACAUCUUGGGCAAUGAUUGUACGCUGUCAAUAUCAAUCGUGUUAAAAUUGCUAACGUUUGUUUUGACGCACGAGACAUCCACUCAUCUCCGUAGCAAGAUUUAUGCUUGUGUGAACCUGUUUCUGAUGAAUCAGCAUCGGACAAACGGCGCAAGCAUAACUGAGCUUGUGGUUGCUCAUUUGCUCAGCCCGUCGUCCGACCUUUCAGGACCGCCAACGGAUGACAGACCUGCUUUGCUGCACCUGUUAUCAUCGGAUGCAACGGCCAUAUUGCAUGACAUCGGCAUGAGUAGAUACUAUUCAGUCCUAGAUGUGUCGACAACUAACGAAGGAGUCGUGCCGUCUCCUGAGGACAUGUCUCCCGAAGCUACAGACAGGAGCAACGGCAGCAUCUACCCCAUGUCUUCUGGAGUAGAUGCUCCGUACGCCGUGAGUGGUCUUCGCCGCAUUUUCGUAGGCCAAGAUUACACGUAUCUACAAGCUCCACAUCUGGAUGGUAUGGUCGUCAGCGAUGUAGCUGAACUGGAGGCUAAUCGCAGUAGCGAAGUGUUGUUCAUUGCUGUUGAUUCUGGCGUGCGAAUAGACUACCGUGUGGAAGCUCUGGAUCUAUUGAGCCUGAUAUUGCGCGCGCUGCGCAAAUUCGAGGCAGGUGCGAUCGAAUACGAUUUGGGCGCGGUUAAUUAUGGUUCUCUUGGAUCGAUAAGCACGGAUUCUGUGUCGCUACUUUUACACAACCGUUUUUUGGAUUUCAAACGGUGCAAGCAGUGUCUCUUGCAUUCACCGUAUUGCCAUUUAUGUCUUAAACUACUGACGGGUACGGCUCGUGUUCUGAAGGCGGCCAGCGAAUUGCAACAGUUUUCGGCGUUCUGGUAUCACGUACAGCCUACAUCUCCAUCAAUGUGUCUGGCGGAUUUGUUUUUGUCGUGUGAUCUGUUGCUGGGCUUCACUAAUUGCGACAAGCUUCCUACUGAGCUCUUCAACCCUUUUAUUUGCAUACUGGAGAACCUGCUAGGCGUGCCUUCUGUGAAGACUCGAAACGCGUUAAUCCAAUGGAUGAACCGUCACUCCGAACUUUUGGGUUCAUUGAUUCCUCUCAACGCAAGCGUCCCUCUUACCGACGACAGGGUAACUCUAGCGAGCAGUUUGCUCCGCAUCUACAGAGUCUGCGUUUUAUGGAUACUGGCCGAGUACCGCCGAGCUAAGUUCAAUUCGGAGCCUUUGAACAAUUUCAGUUUGAUUUUAGCCGAUUUACAGUGCAAAUUCCCUCUAGCAAUGAGCAUGCCUAGGUCGGUGCCUGCUUUGCUGGAGUUGCUAACCGCUGAGUUGUCAACGUCUAGCGAUUGCUACUGGCAAUGUAUUCUAUUGGGUUUACAGAGCGUAUUUCCGGAGUUGGGUGCUUUCGAAGCCGAUUUGGACUUUUCUACUCAGACCCCUAUCAAGGCAUUGGCUAUUGAGAAGGCGGUGACUGUCGCCACUGUGCUUACGCGUUGUGGUUCCAGUUUGCUGUGCUUUAUUAACCAUUUGAACUUCUUAGACCCCAAGUCUAGGCGUAAGUCACUUGGUCGUUUCGCUUUGCGUGUUGCCACGGUUGAAUGCGCAGCGACACUUCUGGAGUAUAUUCUGGCUCUGGUUUUGACAAACUGCUCUUCUGCCUCUACCAAUUUGCUCGGAUCGUCUCCUAGCGAGCAGGCAAAGGACAUAAUGCAAAGUGUGUGUCUUCAGGAUGAACAUAUCGCAGCCGUGAGGGCACCUGAGGGCGGUUCCGAGCAGCCUGGCAUGCUGCCCAGGUUACGAAAGGCUGUUGACCUGUUUAGGAUCGAAUUAUUCCUCGACAAGAUCGCUCGUUUGUGUGAGGACAACGGUGCCCAAAUGGGCGAAACUGUGGGCCCCCGGCGCAAGCAUGUUUUGGGCGACCAGUUGGUGGAAUACCUCGCACCUUACGACCUGGAACACGUGGCCUCCUUUGGCAGCAUCCAAAGGCACACCUACACGUACAGGUCGCUGUACGCGCUUCUACUUACGAGCGUCUGUAACCUUGCCAUGGUUUUACGGCAGUACUACGGUUGCAAGUUUUCGUCGCCGCUGCUCUCGCGUGACGACGUGAAACAUUAA